AUGUACGACAAAAAGUUGAAUCCAAAAUAUUGGGGUGAAGAAGCCAACCCUCGUAAAGAUAUUGUUCUUUUAGGAAAUUUCAAAUUGUUUUUAUUUCCAGGUUCCUUGGAAAAAAUGAAGGAGCAAUGUGGGUUUACUGAUGAUGAGACCCCAACAAAAAAUGAAAAGGACAGCAUACUAGCAUUUAAAGUUAUUGCUCAUUACCUCAAGCUUUUCAAAAAUCAUGUCAAGGCUCUUGACCUUGUUAUGCAGCAGUUUAUAAAAAUUCAUAAAACUUAUUUUUUGCCUGAUUUGCAAGGCGAUAGUUUCUACGAUAUCAGUUUGCCUGAAGAGAGACUCUUAAAUUUUUCUAACAAUUCCAACUAUGUAAUGGUGGAUAAUAACAAAACACUUAGAAUGAAGAACAGAGACAUGAAAGACAUAGUGUUUGAUCCAAUCGUUAAACGAAUUUUUGGUCUUAUCGAUGAUCAAAUAAAGCCGGCAGAAAAAGGAGACAAAAAUAUUGACGCGAUUUUGAUGGUUGGAGGCUUUUCUCAAUCUGAAUAUCUGCAGCGAUGCAUCAAAGACCGGUAUUAA